AUGAGACUCGGAGUCCGCCACCGUGCGGAGCAAUUUGGCAAUGUAUAUUCCGAAAUUGUCAAGAAUAUCGCAGAAUGUUGCAAUGACAGCCAGGCGAUCUCGGCUUUAUCCCAGACUGACCGACACUGGAGCAAAUGGGCUAUCGAAGUACUGCAGCAACAUAAUACCACCAACCAGGGAUCGAGCGCGGCACACUACGCAGCAGCAUACGGCCUUGUCUCACAAGACAAGCUUCUCUUCCUCCCCCCAUCUCCUACUAUGUGCACAGAUAAGCUGAUCCUUUCCCCCUUCGAUCAUUCCAACCGUGAUGGAACCCAGAGAAAGACAAUGGCCAAACCACUUCAUCUGUCCGACCCAAACAUGGCACCGGGCAUGAUAAUGGAACGAGAGCUGUCUAUCAGCAAGCUAUACCCGACGCAGUAA